AGCGUCCAAGACUGCCGACUUUCAGUUCGCUGUUUGUAGAUGUGGGGAGAAUCGUUCGUUCGUCUGCAUUUAUAUCACAUUUCCUAAAGCGCCUGCUUAAAAGAAAAAAAAACAGUGUUUCCUACGGCGAAGUGCGUCUUUCUUCUCAUCAGCUCAGCGUUCGCUUUCCAUUUUGUUAAUAAUAAUCAUUUUCCGUAGACGCAAUAAUUGUCCAACGUACCCUCAAGCGAAAAACUGGCGGUUAACGGCGACGUAGCACUCUCUCUUUUUAUUAUUAUUGCUGAAGGAUAACUAGCGCAAGCUCCUGUCGCGCUAGAAAUGAUGGCUUCAGGAAAUUUUGGUGAAGGCUCGGUAAAGCUGUUGAACGCACUAGACGCUCCGAUGGAUCACAGCGGCAGCAAUUCAGUGGUGCAUACACGCAUCGGGGACGUGCUGCACUCCACCAUCUCAAUGGAAAAGUCAGAAGAGGUAGACACGGAGGAGGGGGAAACGGUUCCCACGUCGCUACAAGCCAUCGGACGGCAGGCACCGGUAGGCUUCCACACCAUCAGCUCGCAGCUUGCCUCCGCGGGCAGCACAUGUGUGUUUUACCCCUUUGACGUUCUCAAGACUCGAUUCAUGGCCCAGGACGGCACUGCGCUGCGGCAGAGCAACGGCCAGGUCUACAAGUCCAUUCCGCGCGCCCUGUCCGUGAUUUACAAGGAGGAGGGCAUUCAAACCCUUUUUCGUGGGUGUCCGGUGGCCGUAUCUGGUGCCAUUGUGGCGUGGGGUGUGUACAUGUACCUGUACCGUCUGCUGUGCAACGUGACCGAGUACACGUCCUAUCUAGGCCGGUCUUCGGUGUCCGUCGUCUCCAGCGGCGUCUCGUCCUGCGUGGCGUGUCCGAUUUUUCUGAUCAAGUCACGCAUGCAGCUCGAGGAGGCCAACCGCACGAAUCACUACCGAUCCUUCUGGAGAGGGCUCCGCUACACGGUGUCCACGAGCGGGGUCCGUUCACUGUGGCGAGGUCUGUCGCUGCAGCUGUGUCUCAUGUUUCCUAAUGCGCUGGGCAUUCCCACCUACGACACACUCAAGCGGCUGGUGCUGCGGUACCGCUGGCACCAUGCCGUGACGACGGAGUUGAACUUGUUUGAGAUUGGCGUCUGCUCCACCCUGACAAAGAUUUGGAUUCUCAUCCUUUCUCACCCGCUUGUGAUGCUGAAGGUGAGAAUGCAGGACGAGCGCGCCGUUCUGGGGGCGGUGCAGUACCGCACCGUUCCGCAGAGCAUCUCGAAUGUGCUCAAGACGCGGGGGGCCCGUGGCAUGUACCGCGGAUUCACCACCGCCCUCGUACACUCCCUGCCCCGAUCUUUGCUGCAUUACGUCAUGUACGAGAAAGCGCUCUCCGUGCUAUGUAGCCGGCAGGGAACGUAA